AUGUCUAAACACUUGUCAGUAACACUCAUUUCUGCCAUCUUGCUCUUCACAACCCUUGCAUUCGCUUGUGAUCCUGGUUAUUACUAUGCACCAACUCCAAACGAUCUCGAUCGUUGCCUCCCAUGUGACUAUGGUUAUUACUGUCCAGGAAAUGAUUCUGCCAACAAGUGUCCACCAGGAACUAUUUCCACCAGAAAGGCCUCGACUUCAUGCAUGAAAUGUCCAGCUGCCAGUAAUGAGGAGAGAACUGUUUGUUUUGCUACUGAUUUGCCGUCAGAUGCCAAGGAAAUCAAACAUGGACAAGUCCUUCUUGUUGAUAAUAAGCAACCUACUUAUUAUUACAUUAGUAUUCAAAGUGAUAUUGAUACUCUCAAUUAUGAUCCACUUUUGGGUUCAGAAGUUACUUUCCUGAAUAAUAUUAAGGGAUUUGAGAAUAGUUCAGUUUUAGUUUAUGGAUCUAUUGCUUAUGGAAAACCAACUAAGGAAAAUUCAUUGUUUGGUGGAAGAGGUAUUAAUGCAACUCUCUAUGCUCCAAAUUAUGUUCAAUCUCCUGUGGUUUAUAUUGUUUAUUUGAGUGUUAUUACACUUUCGUCUCAUCCUGUUACAGUUUCAGUUGCUGUUUAUUCAGGAGUUUCCAAGUUUGUUAAUGUCAAAUCCACCAAUUUUUAUGAACAUGUCUAUAUUAAUGAUCAAAGAGCAUCUGGUUUGAAUUCUGUUCAAUUCACUUUUGAAAAUGUUCCAGGAAAUUCAAGAAUUAACUUUACAACAAUUUUGAAUAACAAUAAUUAUGACAUGAUCAAACCAUACACUCUCUACCAUUCCACCUUUCCAACAAUAUUGUAUCCAAAUCCAUUCAACUCCAACAUGGCUGUUCAUUCCACCACCAAAAAGGAAUUGAAAACUCAAACCUCCCUCGUGGCUAAUCAAAUUGAAGAUGGUCCAUUCGUAGUCACUUUGGAAUAUGGAGGUACUAUGGAUGUUAUGAUGUCUGCUCAAAUUCAAGUUUCUCCUCUCAGAAAAUAG